GCGAGCGUGAGCUCGCGUUCCCGUCGCGAGGUAAUUCGCAGAUUUCUGCAGCUCGUCCGCGAGGCUCUUUCUUUCGCUCCUGCUUCGGCCGGGUGACCGGCGAUGGCGUACGUGUGAUGACGGCCCGCGAGAGUUGUCGCCGCCAGCGGACUCCAGCUCGAGGCAGCGUCAAGGCAACAAGCUGCGAGGUGACAGGACUGUGGACCUCUCCCCUCGUCGACAUGUCAUCGGGCAAGGCGGCUUUCCCGCGGUCGAAGCUUACGUCUUUUUACAAUUUACAUUGGCUUGUUGAUCUACUUGAACGCAGUAAAAUUGAACGCAGUAGUUCGACAGAUUAUCGUACCUAGACAGCGUCACAGAGAACCAGAAGGUACAACAGAAGAAAGGCAUGAAAGACUGGAGGGAGAGAGAGAGAGAUUUAAAAAAGAAGAAGACAGAAAGGACAAAAUUGUGCUUUGGGCCCACGGCCACCAGCUAAUCGCAAAAGGGCUUGAAGUGACUAUUUUCAGCCAGUAGCCCCAGAGCGUUGAAGUGAUCGAACAGAAGAAGAGGCGAAGAACCGCACUCAGAAGAUAAAGCGUCACACUCCUAUCUCGCCGUUGUCGAUGGAGACAGCUGGUGCCGAUGCAGCGGUCGUGGGCGAGGAGGAGGAGGAGGAGGAAGAGGAGGAGGAGGAGGAGGAGGAAGGUGUGGCCGCGCUGAGGUGGGGCCUCGGGCGGCCCGCUUCUCGGCGCCGGCGGGAGUUCACGGCGGAGGAGCAGAAGGACGCGGCGUACUGGGCGAAGCGUUGCCGGAACAACGAGGCCGCCCGCCGCUCGCGGGACCGCCGGCGGCUCGGCGGCGAGGAGCUGGAGCGCCACCUGCUGGCGGUGAGCGCGGAGAACGCCCGGCUGCGCGCAGAGCUGCUGGCGCUCAGACGCUACUUCAGCCUGCCCGGCCCCGCCCAGCAGCCCCGCCCGCGCGCCCACGCCCACCCCGGCCCCUGCGCAUUCUGGGAUGGGAGGCCCUGCGUCCGAGACUCCGCCCCUUUCUACCACGCCGUAGGCUCCGCCGCCGUGCUCCUCAACCCGCACGCCUUCCCCAGCGGCGUCGGCGCGCCCGCGUUCCUGCCCCUCCUCCCGACACGUCCCGUCGCCCCCUGGGCCCGUGCGCCCCCCUCCCCCGCCACCGCCGCCCUCCCCACCCCCGCCCAGACCCACCGCAGAGCCGCAAGCCAAGAGGAGAGGCGGGAGCAGAGGGUCCCCGCCCCGUCCGAGGGGGCCCCCCGAACCAGCCUGUCCCACAAACUGAGACUGACGGCCCAAAGGCUGCGGCUGAAACGCCCCCCCUCCCCGCCCCUGGCCCCGGCCCCGGCCCCGCCCCCGCCCCCGGCCCCGGCCCCGGCCCGGGCAGGACUGAGGUGGGAAACAGACGCCAGCGUGGAGGUCACAGAGGCACAGAAGGACUUCCGUAAAUACCUGUCCCAGGUGAGGCAGCAUUCCACUCCAUGGAGGCCACAAGAUUCUUAAUUUAUUUUUAAAACGUUUUAAAUUUGUAAAGCCAUUGGAAUACUGCAAAUAAAAUGUUCUAAUAUGAAUAAA